UUGCAGGUGAAACCAGAGACUAAAACAGACAGUAAGUGCGUGCGGAAGUCAUCGCGACAGAGUAGUGUGCUCCUAAGACCCAGCAAAGUAAGAGUCAGAUGCGGUUUGCGAAAGUCAACCCGUGAAAAGAGCAUUCGCUCCUCUCGAUAUAGAAGGGUCAUGCCUGACAGUUCUUCUACAGAUGAUGAUUCGGCGAGUGCGGAUGAGAUCGAAAACAUGGAAAUGGAUCAGACAUCUGUCGACGAUAGUCAUGAGCCAACUCAUGGCCUGGAGAAGGAGCAUUCAACGGAUGAUUCUGCGUCUGAAUCGGAGCCUUCAAAAAGACCAUCGGUGAAACAGCUAAAUUCCAGUUCUGUAAAGAAGAAAAGGCGAGCAAGAUUUGUGUCGAAGAAGGCACGUCGACUGAAAGAAUUUCAAAAAAGGAUGGCUCGAAUGAGUAAAGCUGCGGAAAUAAGGCUUCAUGAGCCACUCACUCUUCAAUUAGAGACAAUGUUGCAGCUUUCUGAACUUUGUCCUGCUGAUGAUAUACGUACGUUACGGGACACUAAACCGAAUUUGGCUUUGUAUACGCACGAUUAUUCUGCAAAGCCAAAAGUUCGUCAGAGUGAUAUGGACAUGUUAGCAUACAAUGCCGCUAGAAACGACUUUGAAUGGGAGUGGUACAAUGAUGCGGAACAGCUUAUCAGCCGUCUUGUGGUUCAAGAGUCAUCAGAUAGGAUAGAAGAUCUUGAAAACGAUAUAAAGUUUGCUCGCCUCGAAAAGUACAAUCGAAUACUCAAAACGCGCAAAGCGUAUAGACGUGCUAUUGUAGAGCAUGACAAAAUUCCCGAAUUCUUCAGAUUCAUGAUGAACAUGACCAUGGAAAAGCGUAAGGCAAGUCAAAUCUUUGAACAGCGUUCACAACUGCAAAAGCUGUUGGUCCGUGCUCAACAGUGUUUAACCAAGAAAGAAAUUGAGGAUCUCAGGAACCACAUUGAAAAGACGAAUGAGCUUAUGGAUAGGAUCUCGAAGCUUCAAGAGCUCCAGCGUAGUGGGGUCACCACUUUAAAAGAGGCCGUACUUCCGAUGAUUGUACUGCUUUGGGCUCGUGCGCUUAUGGACUCCUUGCCGUCACUUCUUUUUCUCAACGCCAUCGUUGAAAUCUACUGCAGAUUCGCUAUUUCGUCAUCUUUAUUAAUUUUAAAAAAAGCUUUUCGGUGUUUUGCUAGACGUCAUGCACAGUUCCGAAAGAAAGCAGUACCGUGCUCAUUGGAGAGUGUCGUCACCGAAGAGCUUGUUGUGAUGGAUGAAGUCCUCAUUCAGGGUCCUGCAAAACAUUCGACAAUGAAAUUUAGGAAAAAGAAUCCUCGUAUACAGACAAGCUCUGUUCUCCAAUCUUUCAACUUGAAAGUUCGUACAUUUUGCAGUACUGGAGGUCCAGGGAGCACUCUGAGACAUAAUCAAUCGUCGGGUUCUUCAUCACAAUCCGUUUCUACGUAUCCGGUCAAUGUCGAUGCCGUGCUAGGCGCAAACACCGUCGAAGAUAUAGCAGAUACACAUCCAGAUUUUGCUCGUCUUCUACUUGACUGUUAUUCAGCCGGAUGCGAUUUGGAAGAGUACAAACGAGAGUUUCAGAGAUUGAAAAAUUUAAGAAUCAAACGACAAGGAGGUGUCAAUCAAACGCUUAGCUUCUCUCUCUUCCCUUCUGUUCCUUCAGACCUCCCUGGUCACUUGUUUGUAAGACUGAUGAAGUUUCACUCAGUCUACGAAGGUGCCUGUAGAAAGUAUCUAGCCGACGUAGUGAAUAGAAGAGCGGAGGCGUCUUCAGCUUAUCCUUACGAACUUUCAGUCAUUGGAGUGCAGGAUUUGAUUCAAGGUGGUGCUGUGGAUUAUGGUAAUAUGGCAAGUGGCUCUAUCUCUUACCCAAUACAAGAAUUUCAAUUCACGGAGCCAGGUUUGAGCCACGGACAAAUGUCUUCAGAGGUUACUUAUUCUCCAGCAGUUAACAGCGGACAUACACACAUGCGGCGAGUCUCCCAUUCAGCUACGCGCGCUAUGGGUAACCAACAUGGAUUAACAAUAGGUCUAGACGCUGAAGCUACAUAUAUGCAGCAAGACCCAGGGCUCAUUUUGCAAAGUGCCACACAGCAAGGUGGUGGGUCGUUGGAUAGGCCACUGGCUGCUACACCUUUACCAACUUGGUCUGUGCAGCAAACUUCCGUUAGUGCUGCUGAGCUGCGAUCUCGAAUGGCUACACCGCUGCCUCCGCUGGAAAUUCGUCAGUGCCCAGUUCUGCAGCCAAGCAUGAUCCAUUCUGACCCUCGUGUGGAAAGCAGAACUAUGCAGACUCCUGCGGAGCACCUACAAAGCAGAUUGGCCACGCCAGUUUCUCGCAUGGAAAAUAGACACAGUUAUAACGUGAUGUCGGAUCACAGCCAACAGUGCCAACAAAUGCGUUCCGCUUCAGCUAUGCAUAUUGCUUCAUGUGUAGAUAGUCGGAUGAUGUCUGCCACACCGUUAAUUGGAUCCGGCGAUUCUUCUAUUCAGAAUCAGAGUUCUCCAUUUGCCACUCCCACUAAAAAACCGCGAGCUCGUCGCAAGGUCACUGUAGCUUCUGGAACGAGCUCUUCUCAGUCGCAACCAGCAAUGACUUUACAAGGUCGUCAGAUGACAGCGACUCCCAUUCCUGGUUGGCAGCCCCAUCAGUCAACGAAAAACAACAGACAGAUGACAACAACUGGUCCUGAUCACCGUGAAAUGAUGAGUUCUACGCCUCUGCCUGGGUGGGGCUCUCAUCAAGUUGGCCCUGGUGGCUCACAGGUGGAACGCAGUCCUUUGGUGUCGUCGCAGCUUGUAACACCUGUACCCCAAUCGUGUGAAGUGAUGAAUCAAAGUUCAUACGAGCAGACUUCUCAGUUGUAUCCUCACUCCCGCGACAUGAUGACCCCUGCUCCGUUUGCGCAGCCAGAAAAUGUUGCAGUUCCAUAUCCACAGGGUCAAAAUAUGGCUACGGCCUCUGAAAUGUACUCACAGUCUGCUAUUCCAUCUUACCAAUGGUCGGAAACGAGUUCCAUGAGUGUUUAUCAACAAGGACAAUAUGUGCAGCAGCAACCAUAUAAUCAGCAAUCACAGUUCAGUCAGAUUAACACUAAUAAUCAACAAGUGGCCUUUAUCGGUUCUCAAUCGUCGCAGUACUCCAGGCACGCAGUUCAUCAGCAAUCUCAGUAUCCGCAAGGUUCUACCGAAGUUCAAAAAGUGUCUGCAUUUUCACAACCAUAUAGCUAUGUGCAGCAGUCUUAUUCAAUACCGUCCUACCAGCAGCAAUCACCGUUCUCUCAGGAUUCGUAUUCCCAUUCGAACUAUCCUCAGCGCUCGCCUUAUGCACAGCAGCAGCAACAACAAACGGAACAUCAAUCACAGCAGCAGCAGCAGCAAACACAGCCACAGUCGCAACAACAGCAGCAGAAUCAGACAAUCCAACAACAUCUCAAUCAACCCAUACAACAGCAGCCACAGGCAAUUCAGCGACAAGUCUACGAGAAUUCCGCGCAGUAUGGUGGCCCGUUCAUCCCAACCUAUACCACUCAAACUGCAUGUGAUAUGCAAAGUUCCCACCAUGCGUCAGGGGUUAUACAGACACACCAGAUCCCAAGCUGCGAGGUUACCCAGCAGCCACAGCAGCCUGCUUUUCCAGCGGCAAUGUUGGAUAUAAGUGGCUCGUCUACAGGUACUAUAGGUGAAAUAAUUCAAAAUCGGGAGGACAUUGUUCCAGGAGAGACAUUAGACGUUAGUCAUGGCGACAGCAGUUUUAAUAGUUUGACUGAGAAUUCGAUGGUGAAUCCUAUGCUGGAAGAUGAAAUAAGACCCUUUGGGAUCACACAAGUGCCUCCCCCGCCUCGAAACGAUUCUGAGGCUACUGUUCCAGCACGUACAUCACCUAACUCUUGCUCACCGGAAUUCAUUGGAGGAGACGAUGAGACAAAUUCACUUAUUCCCACUAUCUUCUAUUCCAGUAACCAGAAUGAUAUGUCCGAUUUGAGAAUACAAGAUUCUCCUCUGGAAAAGGGUUUAAACUGCCAGCAUUUUCGAUUUGAUAUCAUCUUGGCAAUGAAACAUCACAGAAUCGGCAAAGAGGAUUACGAGCGAACUUUGCAAGAGUUGGAUCAGAUGGAGAAAGAAAAUGUGCCUUUGGAUGCGUAUAGCCUAGGAACAGCAUCGACGAAUUCUCCCGUUGCCCAUUCCUUACUCAAGCCAAACAUUCUUCAGUCAGGAGAUGCAAACGAUCUUGGUUUUCUUCUUUCGGAUGAUGUUAUCGCCGAGUUUGAUUCGAUGUCUAAAGCAGCGAAGCAUAUGCUAAGUUCUGAUCCUUCCAAGGAAACGAAAGUCUCUGGAAUCACCUACAAACAGCAAUUAACACUCGGGGCGUCGCAACAGCGUGAUGAAAAUUUUCCUCACCCUUCACAAGCUGCGCAUGAAGCGUCGUCUUCUCAAACCCUAGUUACUCAGAAGAUAGUUGAAUCUCAUUCAUUAAAAGGAGAAGGUGUGCUUGGCUCCUCAGCAGCUCAAUCCUCAUUGUCCGUUGGCCAGCCCGCGUCUCCUGCUCGUCGAACGGCAGCCAGCGAGUUGAAGGUAGUUAAGAAGACCGAACCUGUUGACUCUUCUACCUUAAGGAUGCAUUCAUCUGGUGCAUCUUCUGGAACAGUGGAAAACAACAUGUCUUGUGAAAGACCCAUUGCACGGCAAUUUCUUUCGGAGAAAACUGAACAUAAAGAAGAAUCGAUAAUCGUUGGUGGCCCUGCAGUGCAUGCUCGACGGUCAGACAUCAUCGCCAAUGCAGAAUAUGAAGAUCUCUCUCCUGUUUCUCCUGUCGUGAUUAGUCCUGAACCAUUAUCAGAUGAGCCUGAAUGGUGGCGUAAAGAUGAAAAAGUACCUUUGCUGCUAAGUACAUCUACUACAACAACUUUAUCGGGCUCCGUUCCUACCACUUUUUCUUUGCAAGCGGUUGAGGAUCCAAGGCCUUCAACGAGGUGCGACGUUCAGACUUCUGACGACAUGAAACAGGCGUUUGGUAGAAUCAAAGAGCCAUUUGCAGCGCGAAGGUCUCGCUCUCCUGAGCAUGCUGACAUGAAGAAGCUACCGCAAAACCGGCAAGACAAACAUCUUUUUGGCUCAGAUUCUUCAUCGUAUGAGUCAGAUAAAGACGAUAUCUAUGCCCAUUCUUCAUCAACCCGCCUACAUCACUCGCUUUCAUCUUUGUCUGCUGGAAACCCACGAAGAUCACAUUCUCCUCACAGUCAGCACGCAACUUCUCCUCGAUCUACAAGGAAAAAGUUGAAGAAAAGUUCUUUACUGCCAAAGCAAGUGAAAGAAGCUGUUAUCAAGUCUGGGUUGUCCAAAGUGGACUUGUCGCGUGAAUUGUUGGCCAAACAGAUCGCUGAAAUCAUUGAGGAAGAACGGGGUAAGCUGCCACCAGAAGAAGCUAAGCAGCUCAAGAGACCCCUGUCUCCGGCAACCCUAGAUGUAGUCAUACAAGAUUUGAUGCAGCAUCAUAUCUCGGAGGAUACUAGCCCAAAUAGAGAGCUGUUCGCGUCGAAGUUGCUUGGGACAGACCUUUUCUCAAAGUUAUUUUUUCGCGCGGGAAAGUGUGUGUUUCGGCAUUAUGAAGAAAUGGACGACUUGAGUAGAAAGGAAAAAGGAAAAGGCUCAUGUCAGAGGCGGAAAGGAGUUGGCUCACGCAAGAGGGAUACAGAAUUAUUAAGAGGGAUCAGGAAAUCGCGUGAAAUACAAAAAUAUAGAGAUGCAGCAAGAGCGGCGAAGGAGCCAUCGGAGGCUGAGAAAGCUGCAGCUGCCGAAAGAGCGAAGUUAGAAGCAAUGCCAUGGCUUGCACGGUCGACAUUCAAACCAAUCAUUCAGCAGGGCUCUUCUACACGAUUUGUAAUUCCAAAAAAGACAGCUACAACUGGAAGUGGAAACAAGCAAGACUCUCGAGAUACCUCUGCUGUUAGACAUCGUGACUUUUCACGUCAUAGUGAUACUCCAAAGCUUCGCAGCAAUAAAGGAGAUGAGCCAUCUGUUGAAAUUCAAAAAUCUUCCCAAAAUCUUGGCAAGAUGGAGAUUUUCAAAAGAAGCCGUUCACCAUCUGACAAUCUUUGCGAUAGAACUAUAUGCAGAAGCUAUGAAGAGCGUGCGCCAAAGCCAUAUGACUAUAAGUCUCCUGUGAAUAGGUCUGAAGAAGUAGCAGUUUCUCUUUCGUACACUCUGAUCCCAAAAUCUGGUUUACAGAAAGCUAAGGCUAAGUACACAUGGUCAUUGAAAAGGUGGAGAUCCGCAGCAAUAUCAGUAGAAGAACCUUUGGAGUCUUCAUCACAUCAUCACGUCGAGGAACCACAUACUGUGAAGCAGGAUAUUGCUUGUGUUGAAAUUCAUGAUAAUGCACAAUGUAGGGUGAACAGCAUCGCUGAGGCAAAGAUCGAAAAGCAGCCAGCGCUCGCGGAAUCGUCAACUUCUCUUACUAGGGCCGAAUGCGCAUCUGCAGCAGAAGCAGAACUUGCAGCUCUUGCACUCCAAGAAGAGUUAUCUAGAAGCGAGCAAGGUUCCCCCGAUGACCAGUUCGAUGCCCUGCGUUAUCUAGCUGCUAUGCCAGAGUCAGAAUUCCAUGUUGCUAAUGAAGACAAUGAAGUGCUGCACUCGACAAGUGUUCCUCAGCGGGAAUGUCUCUCAUCCAAGGUGGAAACUUCCGUGUGUCCGCCAGUUGCACCAAAACUAUUCUCGCCAGAAAGACCACGCUAUGAAAAUCACUUCGAGCAAGUAGACUGGAUGAGAAUCGAGCAAGUUUCGCAACCAUUUUUUGUCAAUGAAUUUGAGACAGACCCUUGGCGUCUUCCUCUUUCCACUGCAGAUUCGUUAACGCCGAAACAUGUUCUAGAAAGUCCACAAACUACAGUAGCUCUUUCUUCGGCAUCUCUUUACUCAAGUUUACAAGAAGAAUUGGAUAUAAUUGUAAGAGACACACUUGCGGAUACUACGUACGAAAUUCAAGCAAACCCUAUUCAAAAACCUAUGCAGCCUUUAUUGGAGAGAUUUGAGUGGCCUAAGGCUGAUGUACCUAUUCGAAGUUAUGCCCUUGACGUUAUUCUUCCAAAACUUUCGUGCGAUAAGUCUAGAAUUCCAAUUAUAGACAUGUGUUGUUGUAAACGGUGUCUGACUAGAUGCGUAUACUUCUGUGAUGACGAUGAGUGGAAGUAUCUGUACGACUGUGCAGUUUCUCGGCGUAAGGAGAAAGAGAGCACUAAAUUGGUUCAAGAUAGUCUGGUUGAGGAGUUCUGUUCAAUCACUCCGAUCUUUUUGAGGAGACCAGAUCGAAGCCAUGCGGAAACCCAACUGCAUGUUUGCCAAAGUGUAUCGGCCAAACUGAAACAGAAGAUUCGCUUUGUAGAGGAAGCUAACUCAGUGACACAGAACCUUCUUAAGGGAUCAGCACAUGGUCGUGCGGUGUAUUCUUGAUUCGCUCGUAAUCUCGUUGUUAACAAGGAGUCAUGUUGUAUUGUGGACAUUCCUGGCGAGGAAGAUGCCUCAACGCAUAUCUUUAACGUUAAGGUACGACAUUUUCGGAGACAACAGGCAUUCAGAGUCUCGCAUACAACGAACUACUCGGACUUUGGGGUCUACAGCUUGUCACAUUUUGAGAGUAAGAGUUCAUUAUCUUGCAAGAGGGAGCUCGAUGAAUUAGAUAGAGGUUGCAUGACUGUCAUUGACAUCCCGCGCGGUGAAGCAGAACAUAUUCGCAUUUCAACCCUCAGAACCUCACGUAAAAGAAAGCAUGCAGAAGAAGCUGCAGUGUUUGUCAAGAAGCUAGCGUUAGAAGAUAGGGUUGAUUUGUUUCUUACGGAGAAAAGCUUCUUCAGUGAUGAGAGUCGUACGGAGGUACUAUACAUCAAAGAUCCAAGAUUGCCGGAGCAAUGUUGCAACACAUUUAUGGAAGUGUCCCGAAAAUGGAGAAGUUUUGCGCAUUUUCAUAUGCCUAGUCUUCCUUUUUCUUCUUUCUUGACCACUCAGUUUGCUACAUUGUUACAACGAGUGUUUGCUGGAGCCCUUGAUUGCGGGACUAUCACCGAAAAAGAUCUUCAUCGGUUACUUGAAAAUAGUGAUGGACGAUACGACAUUGAUGUACUCACAAAUCCCCAUAAAGUGCUGACAACUGAAUCUGUCUUACCUGGUCCUCUGUGGGAUAGGCUGAUGAAAUUGCGAGUGCAACGGAAUUCUACUGAAAUUUUGAAUCGCAAACUGCUGUCUCCUUUGUACUUAUUUCUUGGUAUGCCACUUUUACCGCGUAUUGGAAGGCCUUGGAGAAAAUGGCUCAAGCCGUUGGAACCAACCUCAGAUUCCAAAAUUGGAUGGCAACUUGCAUUGUGUAUGAGAAUUCCAGAUAUUGUAGGAGUUGAUGACAUGGACUGCAAGUUACAGGCAAUCAAAAUGUGGUGGACUGUGAUGAUGUUAAGAGGCACAGUCCCCUGGUCCGUUUAUCCAUGCUUCUCUCGAAGACAGCUGUUUGUUUUGGUCCGUUUGCUGGAAUUUCUACAAAACGUAGAUAGGCCGCCAUUUUCUCUUUAUCCACCUAAAGCCUUCUUCAAGGCAGUUAAGAAGAUCUUGCGUCAUCCCCGCACUCAACUUAUUCCCAAGGAUGUCUACCAUCCUGACGUGACUAUCAUGGCUACAUUGCUUAAAAUGAAGCCGAACAGGGUGUUUCAGGUGGAUCGAUCACUUCCCGAACUACUUUCGCACUGGUUAGACGAUAUGAAUAAUAUUGAUGCAUACUUAGCAGCUGAUGUGGACAUUGUUCCUAUUCCUCAGUCUAAGUUUCUGACAAUGACUGAAUGGGCAUGGGUUAAUUACAGUCAGGGUUGCGUUCCCGAUGGGAUUGAGUACGAUCGUUGCGAAAAGGUCAAGCCAGUUACGCCAAAAUCCUGCAAAAAGAAGCACAAGAAGCUUACUAAGUUGGAAAUGGAAACCAAACGAAAGUAUAGUCCUUCUAGUGCAACCAACGUUGAUCUUAUGUCUUUCCAACGCUCGGAAGCGACAAAGAUACCGGAACAUAGAGUUUCAAAAGUGAGGCACACAUUAGCAAGACGAGGCAUGGAAACUGAAAAGAUGGUGCAUGAAACUGUGUUACGAGCUAGCGCAAUCGUGGCCGCGCAGAAGUCCGACUUACCACCGCUCCGCAAAUCCUCGAAACGUCAACGGAUGCCGGAUUCUUCGCAGUUGCGUGUUGCAGAAGAAGGAGUAGAUUUUGCUAAAAUUGGGAGAGUGAAGAAAAGUCGACCUCCGUCAAUUUUUGAUAUAGCCAACUUUGAAUACGUUCUCGAAAUGUCGCUUCGCCGUCCGAGAGCAUUUGUAGAUCUAUACAAGGCAAUGAAGUACCAGUACAGAAUUAUUGUAAAGCGUCGCUGGGUUGAAGCGAAUAGAAAAUUGUAUGAUAGGGCUCAGUUUGAUAAGUUUGUAAUGGAAUGCAAUCGUUCCGAAGUAGAGCUGUUGGAGAAAACAAAACUCUUAAAGGCUGAAAAAGAUAUGGAAAGUAUUCUAGGCGUCAGCAGAGGGGAAGCUAUCAAAAUGGAAAAAUUUACUGCCUCAGAAAACGAGUUGAGCGAUAUUGCGAUGUCGUCUCCAAAUACAGCAGCAUCCGAGGAAGACACAUCAGAAACAUUUACAGUUAGUUCGAUGACUGUCGAUCUAGAAGAGUAUUCGCAAGGUGGUGAAGAUUCAAAGGCUGUUGGAGAUGUGUCGGACAUUCAAAACUUGAAAUGUGUGCGGAUUUCUGACAAACUCAUUCCUCCACUCUUCCAUGUGCAAAGUCGGCUCCCAAUCACUUCUGCAUUCAUAGCAGCUCUAUUUAACAUGACCCUGGAUUUUAAAGGAUUUGUUCCAUUUCGACCAAGGUUCCAGCGCCCUCGGAGGAUUGACCAAGAAAUAGAUUUGUUGCCUCCUGGUGACUUUUCUCCUUACAGUACUGACGAAGAGUGGGAGGAGUAUUAUGAGAAAAAGGACCGCUUUGAAAACCACCAUAGUUCGUCUUGCGGGCGUGCCAAUGACGAGAGUGAAGAUGAAAGUGCAUCUAGAGCAGUCAAACAUGAGCACUGUGACUGUGCUUUUGCUCUUGAGCGAGUUAAGGAAUGGGUUAAUAAAAUGGAAUGCAGUACUACGUGGAAGAGUUACUCUGACGAUGAGCUGACACAAUCCAUCGCUCGGAAAAGAAGUUGUAAUAUUCAGCUUUGUUUCCUGAGACGCUCCUCUUCAGCGCAAUCUUGUGUGUCUCUGGAAAGAUUGCCAAUACUCAAAUGUUCUUCGAGCGACUAUAUAGAAGGAAGACAUCAUUCUCGGGGACGUUCGCACUCCCUCUCUGUGGAGCCAUGCAAGUUCGUUUUUCAAAGAUCAGCAUCAGUACCACCUUGGUGGAAGCCAAUGUGUCAUACGCUCAGUCCGCAAUUUGCUCCGAGUUUGAGUCUUAGCGAAUCACGCCGCGAUCGACACAUGUAUCCGAGAAGAUUGUCAGCUUGUCGUUGCCGUGUUUAUGGUAUCGGUGAAACAUUCGCUGUGAGGACACUUUCAAAUAGAAGAACGCAAGAUACAAGCAUUCGUGUGCCCACUUACAGAGAGGAGGAGUUGCCUUCUCCUUGGAUAAAAAGGGAUCACUUCGAUCAUGAUUUAUUGAAAGCAGUUCGUUUUUGGUUAGAGGAAAGGGUGCAGCGCCAUAUCCCUGUUGUGUGGUGUGCUAGAGCUGAAAGAGAUUCACCCAUGGUGAUAGAAGAGAUUGUCGAUGAGGAAGAAACCGUGGAAACUCAUUCCACCAGAAUUACUGAACAACGCGAGUGUCCAUUGGAGUAUCCAAUUGCCGUUUAUAAUCCACCUCCCAACUGGAACACUUUCAUGGAUUGGAAACGGAAGGAAAAGAAUGUUGAAAAAUUGAGUGAAGGCUUGGACCAUUCAACUGAAUUAUCAGCAUUUCAACGCGUCCUUCAAAGACCGCAACCAAUCAAUCUCAACAAACUUGAUGCGCUUCUGGAGUCGGAAGACGAAUCAGGAGAGAAAGUACCGGAAUGGCCCCUUCUGAGGCGGCUGCGUGAAAUGGAGCGCGAGUUGCUUGCUGCUGGGAAUCCUAUCGCAAUCGAACGACAGAAAAUUCGCGAGUACAAUCGUAAGCUGCGUACGGAAGCACAGGGACGAGCAGCUGAAGGACGGCUUUGUCAAUUGCAACAGCUAUACUUGGAGUAUUUUGCAGCGCAACAGCUGUUCUUGGCACAGGUACUUUCUGCCUCAAGGGCUCCAUUUACAAUUGAAGGCAUCAUGUUGGGCACAAUGGAGCAGCAACAACAGCUCGAUCAGCGCUGGUAUUCUCUUCUACGUGAGGAGCAACAGUUUACUCGGCACCGUACCAGAGAUGCCGUGCUGGCGAAUAUGCUUGUUGUGCGACAGCAGUCGUCUCAUGAUCAUAACAACUUCAGUGUUAUUGGUAAUACAUUGUCGAAUUCGAACGGAUUUCAGGAUAGCGGGUUGAGCACUGCUGACGACAUUAGGAGUGAUAGGAUCAACACAUCCAAAGUACUUGAACAUCUUGGUACUCCAGUGUCCUCUCGAGCCGAAGAGGAAGUGAUUGAGGUCGCCAUUGUUAAACCUGUAGAGGAAGUGGUACCAAGAAAUGGAAGAGUUGAUGAAAAGGUGGCCGAUUGUUCUGUCGAACAAAGGGGCACUGUAGACCCGAAUUUGGAUUUGGAGCAUGAGUCGGCGGGUUCGGGUGCUAGCGAAAAAACUACCUCGUCAAGUUCUUCCCAUGCUCUUACUUCGCCACCUUCGGAGAAUCAAGUUGAAGUCUCACCCAAACUUAUUUCAUCAAACUCACCUGAACUUUGA